AACAUUUUUUAUUUUUUCUGCUAUCAAUUGUAUGCUAUACUAUUGAGUAUUGUAGUUAUAUUACACAUAAAAUAAAAUCAUAAUCCAUAAUAUUUUGUUGUAUUAAUGUGUUCAAAGUCUAAGGACAAUGAACAAUGUCGAUUCAGUGGGUCCUCCAGAUCCAGUAUCAAAUUUGAGACCAAUUAAAUAUCAUAUACCAAAACACGAGUCUUUAGUCGAACGCCAAUUGCGGCUUAAGCGAAUUGAAGUAGCAAAAUGGAAUCAUGAAUUUUGGACUAACCAUAACCUGAGAUUUAUAAAAGAAAGGGAAGCAUAUAAAAAAUGUUUAUCCGAUAAGGGCAUUUCAACAGCUACGGCCGAUCAAAUGUCUGAAUUUUACAAAGACUUUUUAGACAGAAAUUGGAAAACACAUAUGUCUUAUAAUUUUGAAUGGUAUAAAAAAAAUAUAUCAAUUGUACGUUUAAUGAUGAAUAAAAAUAUAUUCAAAGCAAUUCAGUGGAUUAAAAUAUUUAAAUUUUAAGUAUAUAUAAGAAUGCGUCUUUUAAAAUCAUUUGGCAUAAACCGCUAUUCUACUUUCAUUCAUCAUAUUCUUUUUGUGUUAUUAUUGUAUAACAUUUAUCUCUCACUUACACUUCUUAAAGCAAGUUCCUUAUCAAAAGAUUGUGGUAAUGAGAAAUCUAACACCUCAUAUUUCCAUCUUACGCUGUCUAAUGGGCGAUGGGAUAGUAGACGUAUGGUUAAAACAUUUGACAAUGUGAUAAUAGCAGAACAAAAACCAAAUGGAAUGGUAUGUUUAGCUACACAAUGUUCAGUAGAUAGAUUACAUUCUAUUGUAGAACUAGCAAACAAUUGGAAUGGAUCAAUAUCGACUGCAAUUUAUGUAGCUGGUGAAGAAUUAUAUUAUUUACAAGAUUAUGUAAGAUUUCUACGGCGAUGUUAUCGAUCAAUUCGUCAAACAGUUACUUUUCAUCUUGCCCUGCCUGCAAAUCAAUUUCCACAAUCUGCUCAAUCAGGUUUUACAACAGAUCAGUUACCAUGUCACCAGGAUCCAGUGACUGUUUUAUCAAAUUUGAUGAAGCUAUUACCAGAAACUCUUAAACGAUGGAGAAUUCGUAUGCCUUACCCUCAAAAUCAUCUGAGAAACCUGGCUCGUUUAAAUUGUCAAACUCAUUAUACAUUGGUUACAGACAUUGAUAUUAUUCCUAGUAUUGAUUCAGCAAUAUUACUCAAUACAUUUUUGUCAGAAAGACCAAAAUGUUUAAAGUGUGUAUAUGUUUUGCCUACAUAUGAAGUUCAUAAAUCAGCUAUUCCACCUAAAAAUGUUACUGAGUUAAUAAAAUUAAAAUCUACCGGGCUUGCAAGAUAUUUCCACAUGGAAGUCUUCAAAUUAAACCAGAUGCCAACUAACUUUCUAAUGUUUGAAAAAAGCUCAAAAAAAUAUAGUGGUAUACACAUAAGUCAUAAAGUAUCCAAAUAUCAAUUGUAUUAUGAGCCAUUUUACGUAUCAUUAAACAACGUUCCGAGCUAUGAUGAACGGUUCAUUGGAUAUGGUUACACGAGGAAUUCACAGGUGUACGAGAUGUUUGCAGCUAAAUAUCAAUUUGAAGUACUUGCUAAUGUUUUUACGUUCCAGCAUAGUUUUGCAUCACAGAAAAAGAAAUCUAACUAUCGAGAAAUUCAAUAUGCAGAAAAUUUAGCAUUAUUCACUAAAUUUAAAAAGGAAAUAGCUGCACGAUAUUUACUAAGCCAUUACUUAUGAACUAUAAAUUUAUUUUGUUACAUUUUUCUAAUUUUACUUGCAAUUUUUUGGAUUUGUAUCAAUUUGUUAUUAGAAAUUUAAUGAGUACAUAAUGUGCUGAUCAAAAAUAAUUUAAAUUCAAAUAAUUAUUUUUUAAAUUUAUCAACAUUUUUUUCUCCAAUUUUAUGGUAAAAUCCUGACAAAAAUUUGUUAUAUUAUAUUUCAAACUUUAAAUUUAUUUAUAUAUGUUUUUCUAAAUAGUAUGAAAAAAUAUUAAUUGUUUAUUGCACAUUUAGAAUUUUAAACAAAUAAAUAAUACAAUGUUUAUGUAAAUAAUAUGAGAUUUAUAUAUUAUAAUAUGAAUUUCUGGAGACCGAUAACAAUACUAAAUGCAUUAGUAUAAUUUUUUAUCCGGUAUUGCACAAACACUUUUAAUACACGUAACAAAAAUGAAAAUAAAUUAAUCCUUAAAUAAAAAAAAAUAAAAAAAUAUGCAAUCAUUAAGAGUGCAUGAUAGUGUAUAAAACAGUACAUUUUAAAAUAAAAACUAAUAAAAUGUAUACAGCAUUUUUAUUAUUUGAAAAAAUCGUAUAAAACUCAGGUAACGUCUAAGUAUUUAUGUACAACAUUCACGCAACUGGUUUGCAACUAUUGUUUAUAAUUUUAUAAAUAAUAUAAUAAAAAUAAUAAUAAUUAAAAAA